UUGCUAUAAAUGUGUCAUAGUCUAGUCAUCUCAGAAAGCCUCCAGGAAGAACUCCAUUUCUCAGAGACUAGCAACACAACAACACCUGAGUGAACCAUGAAGUUCUGUACCUUCAUGAUAUUGUUUUCCCUGGUCCUGUGUGCCACUGCUGACAACUGGUUCUCUGAUGCUGGAAGAUUCAUAGCAGAUGCUUUUCAAGGUGCUAGGGAUAUGUACCAAGCAUACAGUGAUAUGCGUGAGGCAAAUUGGAAAGAUUCAGAUAAAUAUUUCCAUGCUCGUGGGAAUUACGAUGCUGCUAAAAGAGGUCCUGGUGGUGCUUGGGCAGCGGAAGUUAUCAGCACCAUGAAGUUCUUCACCUGCAUCUUCUUGUUAUCCCUGGUCCUAUGUGUCACCAGUGACAACUGGGCUCGGAGGGCUGGGAAAUUUAUGAAGGAUGCCUUUGGAGGUGCUAAGGAUAUGGCCAGAGCAUACACGGACAUGCGUGAGGCCAACUGGAAACAUUCAGAUAAAUAUUUCCAUGCACGGGGAAAUCGUGAUGCUGCACAGAGAGGACCUGGUGGUGCUUGGGCAGCAAAAGUUAUAAGUGAUGCCAGGGAUUUUUACAAGCGUAUGAGGGGCAGAGAUGAAGCUGACAGACAUGCUGAUCAGGAAGCGAAUAGAUGGGGCAGAGGCGGAGGAGACCCCAACCGCUAUAGACCAAAGAACCUCCCUGAAAAAUACUAAUGCAGCUUGUGAAACAUUUUGGCAUUUCUAUUUUCUUUCUGCUUUGCAAGGUUGUAACAAGUACAAUUCAUGACAUGCUUUCAGUGAAAUAGCAACCUUCACAGUCAUAAUGGAAAGGAAAAAAUAUAGAUUCAUAGAUUGUAGAGUUGGAAGGGACCACAAUGGAUCAUCGUGUCUGACCCCCUGCCCCUGGCAGGAGAGAGGACCGAGGUCAGAUGACCCCAGCCAGGUUACAAGCUGUUGGGGUGCAGAGAAAAGCCAGUUGCUAACUGCUCAAGAUUUGUAAGUAUGCAUUAUUAUUUACUGAAUAAACAUGUAG